CCAUCCUCCAUCCCCACUCCUCCCCACCCCCUCUUCCUCCUCCUCCUGCUCCAACUCCUCUCUCUUUCCCCUUUUCUUUCGUGAAGUUGUGGAGCCACCUGGUAAGGAUUGCGCACAAGACGUGCCCCGCUGUUUUCACCCCCUUACGUGCGCCCGCCUCGCUCCUCUCUCUCUCUUCUCGUUGAUUCUCUCACACGGCGCCGAGCCGAGCUCAAGGAAGGGGAGAGAGGAAGGAAGGAGGGAAGGACGAAGGGAAAGAGGAACCGAGGGAGGCAGCGCGGGGGGCAGCCCUGCCAUGUCCCCCCCCAGCCUGACAUUCGUGAUCCUUCACCUCCAGCUGGUCGCCAGGGCGCUGAGCGCUGGCGAGGGAGCAGGCGCGGGGGGGGUCUGCGCGGGGAGCGGAGCUCUGCGCUGCUCUGAAUGCAUCCUCCUGCACCCAUCCUGCGCCUGGUGCUCCCAGAAGGAUUUUCCGGGCGGCCGCUCCCGCUGCGAUCUCCAGGAGCGCCUCCUCCGCUCGGGCUGCCCAGCCGACAUGGUGGAGGCCCCGAGGAGUCAGGUGCAGCUCGUCCAGGCUCUGCCGCUCAGCGACAAGCCCGGGACGGGGGAGACGCGAGAGACGCGAGAGACGAGAGAGACGCCCUCUGGAGUGGUGCAGAUUUCCCCGCAGGAGGUGUCGCUCUCCCUCCGGCCAGGGGACCCGGCGACCGUGCGCGUGCAGGUGCGCCAGGUGGAGGACUACCCCCUCGACCUCUACUACCUGAUGGACCUGUCGCUGUCCAUGAAGGACGACCUGGACAAUAUCCGCGUGCUCGGCGCACAGCUCGAGGCCGCCAUGGCCCGUCUCACGAGCAAGCUGCGUCUGGGCUUCGGCUCGUUCGUGGACAAACCCGUGUCGCCAUUCACGAACACGGCACCGGCUUACCUGCGCAACCCGUGUCUCAGGUUCAAGCGCUUCCCCGUGUGCGGGACUCCCUUCGGCUUCCGCCACGUGCUGGCGCUCACCGAGCGCGCCGCCAGCUUCAUCGCCGAGGUGCAGAGGCAGAACGUGUCGCGCAACAACGACGCCCCCGAGGGGGGCUUCGACGCCAUCCUGCAGGCGUCCGUGUGCGGGGAGCAGAUCGGCUGGAGGGGCGGCGCCACGCACCUGGUGGUGUUCGCCACGGACGCGGGCUCGCACCUGGCGCUGGACGGGCGCCUCGCGGGACUUGCCACUCCUCAUGACGGCCGAUGCCACCUGGACCCCAACAACAGCUACGCGCGCAGCAGCGUCAUGGACUACCCGUCGCUCGCCCUGCUUGGGGAGAAACUGUCCGAGAACAACGUGAACCUCAUCUUCGCGGUCACCAGACAGCACUACGCCUUGUACAGGAGCUACGCGCACCUGCUGCCCGGCACCACGGCUGGGAUUCUGGCCAACGACUCGAGUAACAUCAUCCAGCUCAUCGUGUCCGCCUAUAACAGCAUCCGCUCGGUGGUGGAGCUGGAGGUUUGGGACCAGCCCGAGGACGUCAGCGUCUCCUUCACGGCCACGUGCCAGAACGGGACCGCGCUUCCGGGCCAGAGGCGAUGCGCGGACCUCCGUGUGGGGGACACGGUGAGCUUCGAGGUGCGCGUGGAGGCGCGCGGCUGCGUGCGCGGGCAUCGAACCUUCACCGUGAAGCCCGUGGGCUUCGAGGGCGCGCUGCGCGUGCACGUGCGCGGCGCCGGGGAGCUGUGCGCGUGCGCGUGCGCGCGCCACGCCGAGCCGCGCAGCUCGGCGUGCUCGGGCAACGGGAGCCUCGAGUGCGGAGUGUGCAGCUGCGCGCCGGGCAGGCUCGGGCCACGCUGCGAGUGCAGCGACGCGGACGAGGAGGAGGACGACGCUACGGACCCCGAGGGACGAGGAGACACUUUCGUGUCCCCGCCGGAGCAGCCCGAGUCCGCGGGCCGGGCCGGCAGGGCGGCCGGGUGCCGCAGGGAGCCCGGCGCGACGCCGUGCAGCGGGCGCGGGGACUGCGUGUGCGGGCAGUGCGUGUGCCGGCCGAGCGAGCUGGGCAGGGUGCACGGGAGUUGGUGCGAGUGCGACGACUUCUCAUGCAUCCGGCACAAGGGGCUGCUGUGCUCGGGCCACGGGCCGUGCGUGUGCGGCGAGUGCGCGUGCGACGCGGACUGGGCCGGCGAAAGCUGCAACUGCUCCCUGGUGACGGACGCGUGCGUCUCGGCCGAGGGGCUCGAGUGCAGCGGCCGGGGGCGCUGCGAUUGCGGCCGCUGCGUGUGCACGGAGCCCGGCGCGUCGGGCUCCACGUGCCAACGCUGCCCCACCUGCCCCGACGCCUGCGCCCGCAAGAAGGAGUGUGUGGAGUGCUUCCUGGCCUCGGCUGGAGUGGCGGGCUGGGAGGGAAACUGCAGCUGGAGGUGUGCGGACGAGAUGGUGACGGUGCAAGCUCUGGACCCGGCGGAGAGGGCCCUGCUGCUGUGCAGCUUCAAGCUGGAGAACGAGUGCACGGUGCGCUUCAGCCACAGCGAGGACCUCGCCAGCGGCCGCGCCGUGCUCAGGGUGCUUGCUCGGCCAGAGUGUGCGGAGGGUCCGGCGGUGCUGUCGGUGUUGCUGGCGGUGGCAGGCGGGGUGCUGCUGCUGGGGGUGGUCGCGCUGCUCAGCUGGAAGCUGCUCGUCACUUUGCACGACCGCCACGAGUUCGCUCGCUUCCAGGAGGAGCGGGCGCGUGCCAAGUGGGGGGCGGGACACAAUCCACUGUUCAAGCGGGCGGUGACGACCUUCCCCAACGUGUCGUACCGUGGGAGCCAGUGAAGAAGCCCCCCCCCGCCCCCCACUGAACUCGCGACCGCCACUGCGUGGGGAGGGCGGCUUCCGACACUCGUGCCGCGCCGGGCCCCGCGCACACUCCCGCACAGCGCAUCAAUGACCCACGUCACCCCUUGUGACUCCACGUCAAUGGAUUGGUAAACUCGUCCAGUGGGUCGCUCGCGGGCUACCAGGCACGUAACGGAUUCAUCGCUCAUCCCCGGCAAUGCAAUGAAUUGAGGGGUGUCCAUGAAAAAAAAAACUUGAUAACCCUCAUCUGUCGAGGCUUCAUUGCCAACAGUCGCCAAUCAAAGUUGGGGUUUAUCGUGUCCUCUACCACACAUGGACACGCAAUGAACGUAAUAAGUCGCUUAAUCCCCCGACACUCAGCAGAAGCCUCUUCCAUCGACAAUUUGAACGUUUCUGGGUUAUUGCGUUUUUUCCAGGGUUAUGAUUUGAAUGGAAAAUCGAUUUUUGUCGUCUUGUUCAUUUUGCUCGUCUGGUACGUCGUCUCAUUUGGUCCGUCGUGUUUGUUUUCAGCCUCAAAAGUGCACUUCGCAUUAAUGGUAAAUGAUGGAUUCCUAGAUACAGGAAUCGAUGCAUGUUUCGUCUAAUAAUUGCUCUCGGUGGAUGAAUUGUUAGAAGCCGAGUGUAGCUGUCUUCCUGGACUGUGUCCUGAAGUUUCAAAACUGUUGAGUUUUUUUUAGAUAUAAAAUAUUUUGUUCUCACCAUCGGCCAUCCCACUGUGUAUACGCCCACAUGCCACGAACCUUUAAGCGCGAGGACCUGUUUACGCGAACGAAGAGGAAGCUUCAUCUGCUAUAAGGUAGAGCAUUCGGUACUGUAUUUGUAAAGUUGGUCAACGAUGAGAUACCUUGAUGGUACUGCGGAAUGUUGAUAAUAUCCCGACCCGAUGCGCGACGGUUAGAAGCCGUGUGUAAAGCAAGCACUAAAAGCACUAUGUCAUUUUUGUACAAAAAUAUAUUUACCAAAAAAAUAAAUCAAGAGAAAAAAAUAUCGAAGGAAACAGCA